AAAUUUUAUUUUUGGAGGGAGUAUAAAAGCCGGGGCGGGCUGCUUCAUUAGUUCCUCGCUUCAUUAUUAGUAUUAUUACGGAGUAUUUUUGCAGUAAUAAGUCUAAUAACCAUGGAGGCUUCUUUUGCAACGACCCUCUUCCUCUCUUUUUUCAUUUUAACCCUAACCCUAAUCCACAGACGGUGGAAGAAGGAGGAGGAGGAAGAAGAAGCAACCGCCAGCAACAAACUACAACCACCGGGGCCGUGGAGGAUACCGGUGAUCGGGAACUUGCACCAAGUGGGGAUGUCACUCGUCUCCAUGCCAGCUCACCGCGUCCUGGGCGAGCUUGCAAAGAAACACCCCUCCCGUCCCCUGGGGCUCACGCGCCUCCGGGUUGGGGAAAUCCUGCUGGCGGUCGUCUCGUCGCCAGAAAUGGCGAGAGAGUUCCUCAGGACCCACGACUCCGCCUUCGCCACCAGGCCGGAGUAUGUGAGCGGGAAAACCAUCUUUUACGGCAGUUCCGACGUCGGGUUUUGCCCCUACGGCGAUCACUGGAGACAGAUGAAGAGAUUGUGCGUCGCGGCGCUUCGCCUCGACUCCGAUGCCAUACACUCGGUGCGGCGCGACGAGAUCCGCCGCCUUCUGUCGGACGUCCGUUCAUCUUCCGGCAGGCCGCUUAAUCUCUCCGACAGAAUCUAUUUUCUCACCACCUCCAUUCUAUGCAGAUCCGCACUAGGUAAUUCAUUCACUGGAAGAAGAGAGUUAAUGGUGCUAGUAAAGAACAUAUUUGAGUUGGUGGGACAAUUGGAUUUUGUGGAUGUGUUUCCCUCAUGGAAAAUUCUUGGCCUCCUGUUUGGGAACAAGAGGAGGAUGAUGAGAGUUCAUAGCCAGACAGACAAAAUCAUGGAAAACAUCAUAAAACAACGCAGGAAAAGAAUGGAAGAAAGCAACAAUAAUAAUUGUGAGGUUGUUGAAGAUGAAUACCAUGUUGAUGUCCUCUUAAGAUUGAUGCAUUCUCAGACCCUUCAAGUACCCAUCACCCAUGACAACAUCAAAGCCCUAAUCCUCGUACGUACGGAGUAUUCUUUUUCCCAACAACCUCCAAGCCUUAGUUUGUAAUUUAUGAUGAUUUGUUAUUUAUUCUUAAGUGUGUUUUGUGUUUGUCUGCUUGCUUAGUUCAUGCUAAUGUGUUUUCUUUGUUCGUACUAGAGUUGUUAUUGUUGUUGCCUUGAAAUUAUAUUUCUCAUCAUUUCUUUUUUUUUAAAGAAUAAAUUGUACACAUAUUGUUCAUAAUAUCUUGUUUAAACAAAUUGAGAGAUAUGCACUGUUUUAUGGAGCAGGAUAUGUUCAUUGGAGGAAGUGAGACAUCAUCAAUAAUAGUUGUAUGGGCCA